AUGAGUAAACGGCAAGAGACCCCUAUUAAGAAGAAUGCUUUUGUUCAUAAACUUUAUUCGAUGUUGAACGACCCGGAGCUCACGAAUCUUAUCUGGUGGACUAGGGAUGAGGACAGCAAUACGUUUGCACUCAGUCCCGGUAAAGACUUUGCGAACGCCCUCACCAGGUACUUCAAGCAUGGGAAUGUGGCUAGUUUUGUGAGACAGUUGCACAUGUAUGGGUUCCACAAGGUAUCGGAUCCAAGCCAUACGAAUGUUACCGCUACGAGCACCAAUGCAGAGUUGCCCGUGUGGGAGUUCAAGCAUUCAAGUGGCAAAUUCAAGAAGAACGAUGAGAGUUCACUCGUGUACAUAAAGAGAAGAUCGUCGUCCAACAACUCGAGAAAUGUGUAUAACAACGAGAACGAUGCCAACGUCGUGAUUCCGACGUCAACGCCCUCCCCGGAGCAUGCUCAGUUUAUUCAGGAGGGUGGCCAUCCUUAUUUGCCACAGGGCUAUUACUUCUAUAAUGGCCACCAGGUAACCCAUCAUAUGUCACCACAUAUGCAAUUCCCUUCGGGUGGUGUUCCCCCUCAGCUGCAUCAAUCAAAACACCCCCAAAUGUACUAUACCCAAAAACCCAUGCCAUCCUCGAUUCCGCAUGCUUAUUCACAAGAAAAUACAUUGAAGAAGCCGAAAAUGCCAGAUAUACAGAGAUCCAUAUCGCCGCAAUCUCAACCAGGCUCGCAGCACCAGGCACCCCAGGUGCCGAAACCCCACCCUGUGACACAUAUUCCUCAACCACCAAUAUCCCAAGCACAGCUGCAACCACCACUACAAGACGCCACUAAACCAUCUCAUCCUCAGCCAGACGCACACGACUCACAGCGACCUCAACAUUAUACUCCAAAUCUACAAUUCAGGAAAAUAUGGGAGAACGACAAUCUGCAUUCGAGACCUCGUAAUCCGUCACUAUUAUUCGAUCCUUUGGCCCCAGUUCCCGUAACAUCUCAAUUGCAACCAUUACAGCAAUCGCAAAAUGCGGAACAACAAUCUCAGUCAAGCUUCUCCUACUUGUUGUCUAGGUCAGAUUCACGUUCAUCAUAUGCGAGCGCGAGAGAGUCGUUCACGAGUACUAGAGACUCGUUUGUUAGUAAUAGAGACUCGAUCGCUAGUGGCAGGGAAUCGCUUGCGAGUGCAAAAGAUUCAAUUUCGAGCACCAAAGAUUCGUUCAGUAGCGCCAGAGAUUCGUUUGGCAACUCCAGGGACUCUUUUACACUUUUAAAGGAUCCAGAUAAUAGGCUUUCCAUAAAAUUGCCACCUCCUUCUUCAAUUCAUAACCCAUCUUUUUAUCCCAAUAAUUCAAACUCCCCAUUUUCCAUGGCGUCUGACACAAAUUCCAAUGCAUCGACUGUUACAAGUUCGAACCUACCAAAGGCACCUUCGAACGAAUUUCCAUCAAGUUCCACGUCUAUGUCUACAAUCAAAACUAAAUCAAAUUCAAUUCCAGAAACAUCUACAACUGCUAAAAGACCUUCCAUUUUCCCAUCACAUUCAGUUCAUGAGAAAUUAAGGCCUUCAUUAAUUGAGUUACAUUUUGGCUCGUCUAGCAAAGCAUCGAUUUUAAACCCGCAACAUGACUCAAUUGGUUCGCAAUCAUCUCAUAAUUCGGUAUUUUCAAACAAUUCCUCGUUAUCUUCAACAUCGUCAUUUCAUAGAACUUCAUCGUUUGGUUCAAUUUCACAUCAUCCAAUCUUCGCCAACAAGAAUUCUAUUUCAAUUGCACCUCAUGAGGUAUUACCGGUUACUUUGCUGUCGCGUUCCAUAGCAGAACAAGAGGUGUACUCUGAUUCAAAGGAUUCUACACCACCUUUAAAAACUCCAAAAGUGCUUCAAAUGAAUUCACCUAUCAAGAGGUCAUCGACUACAGCGAUCCCAACUACCAAUGGAGUUCCGGUUGCGCUGAAAAUUAGAUCUUUAAAUAGUUCACCAUUGUCAAGACUGUUGACUAAUGAAGACUUAAUAGCAGUAGACGCUACAAACCUAAAGUCGUCCAAUACAAAGGUAUCUAUCCAUUCCUUAUUAGAUGAUGGCCAAGGUGAGGAAAAGAUUUUGUUACCAAGCAAGAGCAGCCGGUCUUAA